AUGUGUCGACCCACUAGGACCCCCAGCCCCAAGUCCCCGCGCUGCUCCGCCUCCCCAGCUGGAGGCGCGUCUACACUGCUUGCUACAAAUGUUUCCCCCGGCAUCGUGUUGAAUUUGUCAAAUACCGCCGCUCCCAACAGAAGCGGCCCACCCUUCCCUAACCUUGUGCCCAGCCUGGCUCCAAACGACACCAGCGGGAUUGGGAGGAAUCCAAAAGCAGAACCUGAAACCGCGGGGCAGAAAAGACAAACAGGACUGGCAGACACCAGGAAGCAGACCCUGAGCCGGGGAGGACACUGUACGCCCAGGCCCCGCCUAAACCCGCCGUGUCAUCAACGCGCCUCGGCCCCGCCCAGCGACUCGCGCUUGCGCACUUUCCUGCAGACCCGGAACUGGAUCGCCCGGAGCAACCAGCGCGCUCGGGGACGGUUGACAUUCAGGGACGUAGCCAUAGAGUUCUCUCAGGAGGAGUGGGAGUGCCUGGACCCUGCUCAGAGGUCCUUGUACAGGGACGUGAUGUUGGAGACCUACAGGAACCUGGUCUCCCUGGGUGAAGAUAACUUCCCUCCAGAAGUCGGAAUCCCUUCCGAUGAAUUUGCAAUCAAGGAAUUAUCACCAACAGAGAAUAUUAAUAAAGGAGAAUUUUACCACUUAGUGAUAUUGGAGAGAAAUGGAAGUCAUGGAAUCAAGGAUUUUGAUCUCCAGGAAGUCUGGGAAGAUAUGCAUGAGUUUGAAAGUCAGUGGGGAUAUGAUACAAGAAAUUAUAAAGUGCCUUUGACCCAUAACAAAAAUUUCAUUUGUAGAAAAGACCAGCAACUUAAUCAGUCCUCAGUUACUCUUCCUAAAAAGCAGAGUGUUUCUGUAAGAAAUAACACAUACCAGUAUUUCAUGGGUGGUGAGCCAUUUAUAAGGACUUUGUUAAAACUAGACAAGAACAGAAUUGGUGCUGGAAACCAGUACGUAAACUGCUUGGAAAAUAGAAGUGGAUUAAGUUUGCAGGCACAUCGGGCUGAACUGCAGAGAUUUCACAGUGAGGAGAAAAUGUAUGAAUGUAAUCCAACUGAGAAGUCUGUCAGCAAUGGUUCCUCAGUCUCACCACUUCAAGGAAUUCCUCCCAGUACCAAAAACAUUUGGAAUAAAUCUAGGAAGAUUUUAAAAUACCCUUUAUUACCUGCACAAGACAGGAGAGGUUAUGCAACAGGAAAAUCUUACAAGUGUAAUGACUGUGGGAAGGCUUUUAGCAAAAGCUCAAAUCUCAUGAGUCAUGAGAGAAUUCAUUGUGGACAGAGACCUUACAAAUGUAAUGACUGUGGCAAAGCCUUUACAGACCGUUCAAAUCUUACUCGACAUAAGAAAAUCCAUACUGGAGAGAAACCUUACAAAUGUAACGAGUGUGGCAAAGCGUUUACCCAAUGUGCAAACCUUACUAGGCAUCUGAAAAUACACACUGGAGAGAAACCACACAAAUGUAAUGUGUGUGACAAGGCUUUUAACCAAAGCUCAAGCCUUAUGGCACAUCGGAGAAUUCAUACGGGAGAAAAACCUUAUAAAUGUAGUAAGUGUGGUAAGGCUUUUAUCAAACGUUCAGACCUUUGGGGUCAUGAGAGAACUCAUACUGGAGAGAAACCUUACAAAUGUAGCGAGUGUGGCAAAGCCUUUGCUGAGCGUUCAAAUCUUACUCAACAUAGAAAAAUCCAUACUGGAGAGAAACCUUACACAUGUAAUGAGUGUGGCAAAGCAUUUACCCAAUUUGCAUCCCUUUGGGGUCAUGAGAGAACUCAUACUGGAGAGAAACCUUACAAAUGUAAUGAGUGUGGCAAAGCAUUUACCCAUUUUGCAACCCUUAAUACACACCGGAAAAUACACACUGGAGAGAAACCACACAAAUGUAAUGUGUGUGACAAGGAUUUUAUCCGAAGUUCAAGCCUUACGAGACAUCAAAGAAUUCAUACGAGAGAAAAACCUUAUAAAUGUAAUAAAUGUGAUAAGGCUUAUAUCAAACAUUCAGACCUUUGGUGUCAUGAGAGAAUGCAUAUUGGAGAGAAACAAAUGUUAUGA